CAGGAGCAACCUAAUCAAGAAAGAAGCGGUGUUUAAUCACUCAUCAAGGACCGAUGGCGUUUCUGGGAGGAUCAUUGCGCGUGACGAGAAGCAUUGGCAGCCGGAAGAUGACGAAGGGGAAGAGCCACAAAGGGUCGGGGUCGUGGCGGCAGGCGCCGGCUCCCGUGAGGGAGCUGUUCUGGAGGGUGAGGCGCGCCGUGCUACGGCCAAAGCGCCGCGCCGUGAGCUUUGGGUACGACCUCAAGAGCUACUCCCAGAACUUCGAUGAUGGCCUCGUCCCUGCCCAUCGCCUCUAGCUAGCCACACCCGCAGGGUCUUCUUCUUCUUCUUCUUCUUCUUCUUCUUCUUCUUCUUCUUCUUCUUCUUCUUCUUCUCCUCAAUUUUACUUGCCGCCAGGCCGGAACAAGGCUCGAGGCUGGAGAGUUUGAAGCGUCGUCACGUUGUGAUUUGCUCCUCCUCUAGUUCAGCCACGAGCGUAUACUAGACAGUACUGUUCAUACACAAGUUGCUUACUGUUGAAAGUCUGAAACUGACAAUGAAAUGUCAGUGUACAAAGAGAUUUAGCAAAUAGAUUGGAAAUUCUGAUUAAACUAAGAUAUAUUAUUCUUCUAAAGAAAGUCUGACAUAUUCUACAAGUUAUUUGCUUGAUUGUUAAGAGGGCAUACACAUGUAA